GUUUUUUUUUUCUUUCCCCAGCUCUCUGUGGAUGGAUAUUAGCAGCUCACUCAAAUUUUUACUCGUGAUAUAUUAAUCGCAAGCUCUGAGAGCAGAGAGCUGAAGUCCGCCCUCACUGCUACAAUGGAGUUCCAGGGGAAAGUUGCGCUGGUGACUGGUGCUGCUCAGGGCAUUGGGAAAGCAAUUGCUGAAAUCCUAUUGAAGAACGGCGCUAAGGUGAGUCUGUUGGAUAUCAAUGUAACCACAGGGGAAGCCACCAAAGCUGCCUUUGCACAGAGCUACGGAGAUGAGAAUAUUUUGUUCCUUCAAUGUGAUGUAACAUCCGAGAAUCAGCUGAAAGAUUGUUUCAGCAAAACUCUUGAAAAAUUUCAGAAGUUGGACAUAGUAUGUAACAAUGCAGGGAUCUCUGAUCGGGAAAACUGGGAGAACUGCCUCAGUGUAAAUCUGGUCAGUGUAAUUAAGGGAACCUAUCUGGGAAUACAGCACAUGAGUAAGGAGACUGGUGGAAAAGGAGGAGUGAUUGUUAAUAUUGCCUCCAUGUCAGGUGUGACUCCUUAUUAUCUUGGACCAGUUUAUGCAGCCUCAAAGUAUGGAGUAGUAGGAUUCACUACAUCACUGUCUCUGACCUGCCUUGAGAAGCAUGGAGUUCGACUACAAGUGCUGUGUCCUGGUUUCGUUGACACUCAGCUUCUGGCAAAUCUGAAAUUGCUGAAGGCUCCGGAACAGAAGGAGAAGGCUGACAGACUGUUGGCCAGAUUUGGAGUGCUGACGACUUCACAGGUUGCAGAGGGAUUCUUGCAGCUCGUCACAGAUCAGACCAGGAAUGGGGCAUUGCUGAAGUUGUUUGGAAAUGGUCGCCUUGAGUAUGAACCCCUACCAGCAGCUUGUCUUCCAGAACAUCCAAAAUCUACUUAGGGACCGAAUGAAUUCAAGCAACAGAUUACUGAGAACAUGGAAAGUUUAAACCUGAUCAAACGUAACAUGACAAUCAUUUUGGGUCUAGGCCCGAAAUGUCAGCCUUCCUGCUCCUAUGAUGCUGCUUGGCCUGCUGUGUUCAUCCAGCUCUACACCUUGUUAUCUCAGAUUUUCCAGCAUCUGCAGUUCCUACUAUCUCUGUGCUGCUUUUAGUGUUUUCAUAUUAAAUUGUUGGUUAUAAAUCAGAACUCUGAUCAAGGUUGUGUUAUGCUCUCAUGGUUUGUAUGCAUUUAAGAAGCAUGCUGAUGAUGCUAUUGCUGUGUCAUAGCACGUGACCUGAGGAUAUAAAGACUCAUACUCCAUCUUACCUCAGAUCACUGCACAACAGAGGAGCAUGCUUCCAGUAAACUAAUGGUUUAAAACUGCCCCAGCGACUAAUAUGGCUGAAAGAAAAUAACAAUUGUUCAUGAUAAUUAGCUACAUUAAUGUCUGCUGGAUUCUUCAAUACUGACAUCCAUGCCCAGUUUCUUAUAUUACAGGAGCCAUACAGGUUUAAGAAUACUUACAACUUUCAACUGCUGAAGGAAAGAUAAACCAGUUUUAUUUAUGUGUAGAGUGGCUUUUAUGGCAGAAAACAGAGAGACCUCCUGAUCUGGUGGAUGUCUGAUGUCUUCUCCCUCUGAUGUUCACAGCCACAAGCUGUUCCCAUACCUGAGAACUAAUCACACAAUUAAUGGCAGCAGAAGACUUUUGUUAUCAAUAAAUGUUUACUAGUCCACACACCAUUCAGUUACAUGUUGGAGGUAUUACAGACCACAGUAAACACCCUUCAAAUAUAACAAGGAUAUAGACGUUAGGGUUUAGGUUAUCUUAUUUUAAAGACAAGUGUAAGGUGCUGUGUUCCAGAUGAAAUUCAAUUGGUUAUACAACGCAACUUUUAGCAAAACACACUUUAUUCUUACCCUGUAGUUAAAAUAUAAACAAGAGAAAAAUGAAUUAGAACAAAUUGUCCCUGUUGGAAAACUUAAUAGAAUAACAGAUUAUUUAUAUACAAAGCAGCAACUGUUCUAAAUAUAGUAAAAUCCCAUAAAAACACUCCCUUGGCAAACACAAAUUCAGUACAAUAGAUUGUCUCACAUGCAAUUCCGACAGCAGAGCGAACUCCAGCUUUUAGCUGAGAGGAAUAACAGCUUCAACAUGCAGUUUCAAGACCCUAGCAACUACUGAAAGCAAAACCAAAACCCUGGUUCAGUGGGAGCUUGAACCUACGCAUUCAUGUCACUUCUAAUGUUCCGACUUUUAAAAAUUCCAAGGCCUCAUUAGCUGUUUACUUUAUUGGCUUGGAGCAGACCGCUUAGCACCACUGUUUCAACCUCUGUUCAUAAAAUAAGGGACAAAAUACCUCUCUUCAAGCCAUAGAAUUGUCACAGAGUCUGAAUCUCCAUUUAAAUCCACACCGUUCCAGCUCUUCUGUAAACUACACUUCAACUAUUGCUUGAACCAGCAAAUGUGCAAAGAGAACUAACAAUGAGAACGGGGUUACAUGCAGUAAUCCUUCAGCAAUGUUUGGUUUUAAAACAGUUCUUUCUCACGUUUCAGUCGACAAUCAAAAGUACAUCGAACAGUACAGCAUUGGAGCAGACGCUUUGGCCAACCAUAUCUGUGUUGAUCAUGUUGCCAUUCCAAAUUGACCCAUUUGCUUAUAUAUGGGUUCAUAUCUCUCUAUUACCUGCCCGUUGAUGUGUCUGCCUAAAUGCUUCUUUAAAUGUUGUUUCUGUAAAUGCUUCUACCAUCUCCCCCGGGCAGCACAUUCCAGGCAUUGACCAUCUUCUGCGUGAAAAAUUUGCCUCGCACACCUCCUUUCAAAAUUUCCCCCUCUCACCUUAAACCAAUGCCCCAAUAGUAUUUGACAUUUCCAUCCUGGGAAAGAGACUCCAACUAUUCACCUUAGCCAUGCACCUCAUCAUUUUACAUAUGCCACCCCUCAACAUCUGACACAUUAGCAAAAAUAAUCCAAAAUUGUCCAACCGCUCCUUUGGGUGAAUACACUCCAAUCCAGGCAAUAUCCCGGUCAAAUUCUUUUGCAUUCUACUCCAAAGCCUCCACAUAUUUUCUACUGUGUGGUGACCAGAACUGUACACAAUACUUCAAAUGUGGUUGAACUAAAGUUUCAUACAGCUGCAACAUGACUUGCCAAUUGUUGUACUCAGUGCUCCGACUGAGAAAGGCAAGCAUGCUGUACAUCUUCUUUACCACCUCAUCCACUUGGGUUGCUACUUUCAGGGAGCUAGGAACUUGUGCCCCAAGAUCCCUCUAAAUAUCAAUUCUCCAAACGGUCCUGCCAUUUACUGUACAAUUUCUUCUUGCAUUUGACCUCUCAAAAUUCAUCACCUCACCCUUGUCCCGAUUAAAUUCCAUCUGUCAUUUCUCUGCCCACUUUCAAAAUGAUCUAUAUCCUGCUCCAUCCUUUGAUAAUCUUCCUCACGAUUCACAAAUCCACUAAUUUUCAUGUCAUCUGCAAACUUGCUAAGCAGACCAUCUACAUUUUCACUCAUAUCAUUUAUAUGAAUUACAAACAACAGAGGUCCCAGCACUGAUCCUUGUGGAAAACCACUGGUCUCAGACCUCAGUCAGUAAAACACCCCUCUACAACUACCCUCUGUCUCUAUGACCACACCAAUUUUGGAUCUAGCUUACCAUCGAUCCCAUGUGACUUAAUCUCCUGGAUCAGCUUACCAUGAAGAACCUUGUUAAGUGUUUUAGUAAAGUCGACUUAGACAACACCCACUGCCCCACCCUCAUCAAUCAUCUUCGUCAUUUCCUCAAAAAACUCAAUCAAAUUUGUGAGACAAGACCUCCCCUGCACAAAGCCACACUGAAUAUAACUAAUAAGCCCAUUCCUUUCCAAUUAGUAAAAAUGAAAAUGAUAUAGUGUUUACACAUUGCUGUUCACAGCUCAGAUGUGAACAUACAAACUAGAAAGAGUCACCAUUACACUACUUGAGUUCAGUGGGGUUCAAGGUGAAAAUCAAGGAGGCAGCGCUGACCGUCUCCAACACAGUGUAAAUGUGAAAAGUGCAUUGUCAGAUCAUAAAUUAAAUUUAAUUACUAGGCUUCCCCUGGGCCCCUUCACACAUGAAGAGGCAGUGAGUAUUACAUAUGAGUUUUUUUUGCUUAUGUCAUCUUAGUCUUUCAACAUUUCUAAUCUCAUACUUACAUAAUAACCUUUUGGAAAUAUCCAAGCUGUUUCGCAAAGUCACAGAAUUGUUACAAUAUGGAAACAGGCCAUUUGGCCCAUUGCAUUUGUGCCAGCUCUCAAAAUAAGUACCCCACUUAGGGCUAUUCUCCUGCCUUCUCCCUGUAGCUCUGUAUGUUGUCCAAUUCCUUUGAAUACCUUGAUGGAACCUACCUCCAUCACAUUGUCAGGCAGUGCAUUUCAGAUCUGGACCACUCAAAGUGCAAAAAAAGUUUUCAUCAGCUCACUUUUUCUUCUUUUAUUAACUUUUAAAAAGUUUGCCUCAAUCUUAUACAGUUGUGAGUUCUGCAUUUUAACCGUGCUCAUUAAAUAAACUUUUCCUCAUUUCUCCAUGA